AAUUCUACAACUACCUUCCACCCCUGCACCAAUAAUGUAACAAGUCCCACCCUCUGUUCUCUCCUCCAUCGGGCCAGUCCAUGGCAGACUGAGGUCAGCAAGGUGUAUGAAUGGUUACGGCUGUUAAAAAGAAGUCGCCACAGUGGCCCGUGGAACAAGUCGGACCAGGGUUGUUAAAGGGGCCGGGCGAGGAGAGUAUUAGACUGGUCUGUCAGCCGUGAACUGUGGCACGCUCAAGUCGAAGUGACUGACUUGCCGCACUCUGCCGACCAAAGGAUCAGUCUCUGUGUUAGACAGGUGUGGAACAGUGCUGGAUAUAUGAGAAUAUUUCAUGUAUGACAGAGUGGUAUAUUCCAAUACCCACACAUACUGCCCCGCAAGACUUUAUGCUUAUUUAAAAGGAACAUUAUCUAUUGAAGAUGUGAGUGAAACCUGCACUAUCAAGAUCUGCAUUGUAAAAAAGUUUCCAGCCAUUGUAAAGGGUAUUCAUUCAGCGUGAAGCCCAACUAUGUAACUGUGAGUUGUUGUGGGUGUGCUCUGUAUUUGUGCUAGGUUACUUGGAUAUCUGCUGAGAGUUUCUUCCACUACCUCACUCAGGUGAAACUGGAGUGGGAUCUGUGUUGUGCUUUCUCAAGGAUAUACAGAGGAUAGGUAUAUAUCUCUGCGCCAGAUGCUGACUAUAGAUGAAUGAGUCCUUCCUCAACUGCAGCAAGUGAUGCUGACUGUAUGGAUUACUUAAGAUGAGCGGAGGGAUGACGUCCGUGCUAAUGUUACACCUGGGGACAUUCAUUCUCUGCAGUGUUACCAUCGUUACCAUCGUCACCGCAUUUGAAAACAAUGGACACAUCGAACACUACGAAGACCGGAUCCCGUCAGACUUCCGAUUCACCACAUACGAAGAGAUGGAAUCGGAGUUCCAGAUCUUUUCCCACGAAGACAUCACUGGGUAUGUCCAGUUGACAGUGGACAUUGAACGGGAUCAACUGUUAGUUGGAGCAAGGGGCUGUCUGUUCCAGUUGGCUCUACAGGACCUGGAGAUCCUGCACAUGGCUGAGUGGAGUCCUGACAACCUGACACGGGAUGUUUGUAUUGCCAAGGGCCAGCCACACCAGUAUUGUCACAACUUUGUGAGAGUUCUCCUGCUACACAAGGACAAGGUGUUCACAUGUGGGACCAACGCAUAUAAACCAGAGUGCACAUGGAGAAACGCCAGCCACUUAACUGAAGUGGAAAAGACAAUCAACGGCCAGGCCAAAUGUCCAUACAACCCCUACCAGAAUGCAACAGCGUUGAUGACGCCGUCAGGAGACCUGUACACCGCCACCGUCAUCGACAUCACAGCCAGGGACCCAGUCAUCAGCAGAGACCUGGGGCCUUCACAACAACUGCGAACAAUGCAGAGAAAUUCAAAAUGGCUCAAUGAGCCCAACUUUAUAGCUUCCUAUGAAAUAGGAGAAUUUGUAUAUUUUUUCUUCCGAGAAACUGCAGUCGAGUUUAUCAACUGCGGCAAAAAAACAUAUUCACGUGUUGCAAGGGUUUGCAAGACUGACGGAGGUGGGAGGGUUCUUUUAGAGGAGAACUGGACAACAUUCUCCAAAGCCAGAAUGAAUUGCUCAGUACCAGGGGAUUUUCCAUUCUAUUUUGAUGAAAUACAGAGUACAUUUUUCUCUGAAAAGGAACAGCUUCUAUAUGCCAUCUUCACAACGCCUUCAAAUAGUUUAGCCGGAUCAGCUGUGUGUGUGUAUAACAUGUCCGCGUUCCAGACAACAUUCAUUGGGCCGUUCAAGUACCAGGAGAACGCCAAGUCUGCUUGGAUGAAGCAUGAAAACCCAACUCCAUUGGAAAGGUGCCCCAGCCAAGGCAGCGGAAGUAAGCGGUCAACAGACACGUCGGCCAGUAAACUAGAGGCAGCCAACAUGUAUCAACUGAUGGACGCAGCCAUACAACCCAACACCAUCUCCCCGUUGUACCUUGGGGAGAACGAGAGGUGGACUCAUAUCGUGGUGGACUUUGUGUACGGCAAGAUGGACCUGUAUGAGGUGGUGUUCCUGGCUACUGCCGAUGGAAAGAUUCGGAAGAUGUUCAAGGUUCCCCGCUCCAACAAAACCUGUCUCAUUGAAGAGAUAAAAAUUGUGCCCAACGGGGAACCUAAGCCAGUAAAAGCUAUGAAAAUCUCUCCAGAAUCGGGUGCAAUCUUCAUUUCCACCCAAGGGAGAGUGAUAAAGAUCCCUGUUGAAAGAUGCAGCCGCUUCACAGACAGCGAUUUGUGUGUGAAUUCCAUGGACCCGUACUGUGGCUGGGAUGCAGUUAACAACACCUGCUCACGUGCCCCUAACGGAAACCCUCACGAGGUCAUGUGGGACCAACACAUUGUCUCCUGUCCCAUUGUCCAGUACCCAGUGAACGGCAACUGGUCUGACUGGUCAGACUGGAGUCCAUGUGAGCAGGUUGGGGCUGACCAGGCCGGGGAGGACUGUCUGUGUCGCCAUAGAAACUGUGAUAACCCCAAACCCUACUAUGGAGGACGGCCAUGUUCAGGGGCUUCCAUUGAAGUCACCAACUGCUCAGUUCACGGGGCCUGGACCCCAUGGACCCCGUGGUCCAGCUGCUCCAAGACGUGCGGCUACUCCAUCAAGAAGCGAGAGAGAUACUGCAGCAAUCCUACCCCUCGACAUGGUGGAUUCGGCUGCGAGGGCCGCCAUGUUGACAGCCAGCUGUGUGCCGGUCUACCAGCCUGUAAAUUGCCCCCUAUUGAUGGGAAAUGGUCGAAGUGGUCUGGUUGGAGUACAUGCACGGCCAAAUGUCAGGGCGGUAUCCAGACCCGGCGGCGGACAUGUGACCAGCCCAAGUUGAGUCGUGGCGGAAUCCCGUGUAUCGGGAACAAAGAAGAAAUGAGGAUGUGCAACACCCAGAACUGUGAUAAAGUGGUCAAGUUGACGCCGUGGAGCCCCUGGGUGAAGACAAAUGAAACGCGAGGAGGAUAUUUCCAGCAGAGAUUUAGAUUUACAUGCCAGGCCGAAGUGCCGGAUCGCAAGAUGAUUAAAUCCAAGUACUCAAAAAGCCAGGCCCGUUUCUGUUUCAACAACGAUCGAGGCUGCUAUACUCCAGGUGAGCUGAAGAACACCAUAACAUCUGUAGAUACGUUUUCCUCCGUAGAUAGAGUGCUCAAAAAGUUCUGUAGAAUUAGGAGAAAACUGUUCAAAAAGUACUGCAAUUGUCGGACAUUGGGUGUGUUCCUGGUGUGUCAGAAGUGCGGCUACGGAGUUUCAGGAACAGAAUAUAGUGAAAUAAAAGAUCUGAUUAAAGUAAAAAGUGUAGCAAUAUCUCCUCCUAGUGUGAUCCUCAUCAGUGAUAAAUAUUUCUGUCAUGAUGAAAUCACAUUGUUUUGUUCUGCGCUGGUUUCAGACUCGCCACUCUUGGUACAUCAGGAUGGUGGGUGGUCCGAGUGGACGGAGUGGUCACCAUGUGACCAGGACUGUGAGGGAGGUAUGCAGUGGCGACGUAGGUCAUGUGACAGCCCUCCACCAAUCGGGCGAGGGAAGGACUGUGAUGGGCACGGGAAGGAGGGAAGACAAUGCAACACGCAUUCUUGUUAUGGUGAGUGGUCCUGCUGGUCAAGCUUCGGCCCGUGUUCAGUGACCUGUGGUACUGGGAUCAAGGCCCGCAGUAGGACCUGCUUGACCCCAGGCCUGGACAGGAAGACCCCGCUCGGAUGUGUUGGCAGUACCAGGGAUAUGCAGACCUGUGAGAUGGAGCCUUGUGAAGAUACACAACCCAUGGUAGGAGACUGGUCAGCCUGGACUGAGUGUUCUCCCAACAGCGUCCAGUACCGGCACCGCAUCUGUGAUCAGGACCAGCUGGGUCUAGACUGCAGCCAAGAUGUCAUACAGCUCCAGCACUGUACAUACAAGAUACAUGUGAUGGAGGCAAGUGUCGGUGCUAGUGUUGCCGCCAACAAAAACUACUCUCGACGAGUGGGUGGGGUAUACCUUGUUAUUGUUGCAAUCAUUGCAUUUGUCAUCGGCGGCCUGGCAUCAGUGGGACUCUUCAUGUACAUCCAGAGGUACCGGGACCAGAAACAUAAGGAUGAGGCGGAAGUAUGCUGGGUCUCCAAGAACGAGAUAAACAUGAAACCAGUAAACACUGCAGAAUCCUCACAAAUUAGUCUGGAUUUCCAGAACUUGGCGCCAUUGAUGUCACCUAAUAAUCGGUUAAGUCUGAAUACUUUUGGGUCCUUGAAAAAGGAGAAGAUGACUGUAAAUGAGGCAAGCACACUGAAACGGAAUUCCAUGUGGACCAACUUGUCUGUGAAUGAAUUAUAGACAUAUAUAUAUAUGUGAUGUCAGCAAGUAGACCAUGUGUAUUCCUGAAAUGUGAUUGGUGCUGAUGGUUCGGUAUACACUAUGUUCCUCUAUUGUACAUUGGACCUUUCGUGUAGAAUGAGGCGAAGUGAGCAUACCAUUACAC